GCACUGUCAUUCAUUCUUUCAAUAAAAUAAAAAAGAAUACACCAAGUACUGUUUUUGUGCAGUGAAUGGCAAGAAAGUGGAAAUUUUAGAAGAGUUUUCCACAUAAAUCGGCAUCCAUCCUGCCCGAUAAACCUUCCCCAUAACAUUCGGACAGAAAUGUGAUAUUUAGCGGUGAAUUUAUCCUCAGGAAAACCAAGUUUUAAAGCAGUGAAAACAGCACGGCCAAUUCACUUGUUCCCCUUCCCACACAAAUACCAGAAGCGCAUCAAUCUCUGCGAAACGAAACAAAAAAAAUACUGCACGGGUCGUUGGCUGCACAAGUGCAUCGUGCAGGAGAGAAAAAAAAACGAAGGAGGAAAACUAAAAGAGGAAAACUAUGAGCACUACAGGUGUUUUGCCGUUCGUGCGUGGAAUAGAUUUCACGAACAAUGACUUCAGCGAAGAUAAAUUCCCCAAGAAUAUCAAACACAUGUCCGGGGUCCAGUGGCUCAAGCUGGACCGUACCGGCAUGGACACGAUACCGGACGAGAUGGGCAAGCUGGUGAAGCUGGAGCACCUGUCGAUGAAGAACAAUCAGCUCGAGAAAUUGUUCGGCCAGCUAAGCGAACUGGGCUGCCUGCGAUCGCUGAACGUGCGCCGGAACAAGCUGAAAAGCCACGCCAUCCCGUCGGAUCUGUUCGAGCUGGAAGAGUUGACCACGCUCGACCUAUCGCACAAUCGCCUUAAGGAGGUGCCGGAGGGUUUAGAGAAAGCCAAAGCACUGCUCGUGCUCAAUCUAAGCAAUAAUCAAAUCGAAACCAUUCCACCCUCGCUGUUCAUCAAUCUGACCGAUUUGCUGUUUCUCGACCUGUCCAACAAUAAGCUGGAAACGCUACCGCCCCAGACGCGACGGCUGUCCAACCUGCAGACGCUCAUCCUGAACGACAAUCCGCUCGAGCUGUUUCAACUCCGCCAGCUGCCGUCCCUGCAGAGCUUGGUCUGCCUGCAGAUGCGCAACACGCAGCGAACGAUCAACAACUUUCCCGCCUCGCUCGACAGCCUGUCCAACCUGCAGGAGCUGGACCUGUCCCAGAAUGCGCUCUCGAAGGUGCCGGGCGCACUGUACAACCUCGCCAACCUGAAGCGCCUCAACCUGAACGACAACGUGCUGGAAGAGCUUUCGCCGCUGAUCGAAAACCUUACCAAGCUGGAGACGCUGAACCUUUCGCGCAACAAGCUAACCGCCCUGCCCGCCACCCUCUGCAAGCUGCAGGAGCUGCGCCGCCUGUACGUGAACGACAAUCUGCUCAACUUCGAGGGCAUUCCGUCGAGCAUCGGCAAGCUGAGCGCGCUGGAGGUGUUUUCCGCCUCGAACAACGAGCUCGAGAUGGUCCCGGAAGGGCUGUGUCGCGGCUGUGGUUCGCUGAAAAAGCUUAACCUUAGCUCGAACAAGCUGAUCACCCUGCCGGAAGCGAUCCAUCUGCUGACCGACAUGGAGCAGCUGGAUUUGCGCAACAACCCGGACCUGGUGAUGCCCCCGAAACCGAUCGAAGCGCAGCGGGGCGAUGGGCUGGCCUACUACAAUAUCGAUUUUUCGCUCCAAACCCAGCUGCGGCUGGCCGGCGCAAACGUGCCGGCCCAGGUACAGGGUGCGGCGAACGCCGGAAAGGAUCCGAUCGCCCGAAAGCUGCGGCUUCGGCGCGGCGCCCGUAACGACUCGUCCGACAAUCAGGAUUCGGCCAAAAUACUGAAAGGCAUGCAGGACAUUGCGAAGGACAAAAACAGCGGGCUCGGGUUCGGGGAGGAAAAGGUGGAAAACCUGAAGCCGAAGCGGUGGGACGAAACGCUGGAGAAGCCGCCGGUCGACUAUUCGGAGAUAUUCGAGGACGAGGACGGCCAGUACCCGGGGCUGACGGUGUGGGAGAUUGAGAACUUCCUGCCGAACAAGAUCGAGGAGGCGGCGCACGGGAAGUUUUACGAGGGCGACUGCUACAUCGUGCUGAAAACGUCGCACGACGACAGUGGCCAGCUGUCGUGGGAGAUUUACUUCUGGAUCGGCACGAAGGCAACGCUAGACAAGCGCGCCUGCUCGGCGAUCCACGCGGUCAACCUGCGCAACUAUCUGGGCGCCCGGUGCCGUACGAUCCGGGAAGAGCAGGGCGACGAGUCGGACGAGUUUCUGGCACUGUUCGACUCGGACGUGACGUACAUCGAGGGUGGCCGCACGUCGACCGGGUUCUACACGAUCGAGAACGCCGUCUACAUUGUGCGGCUGUACCGGGUGCACGACGCCGGGCCGAACAUCCAUCUGGAGCCGGUGCCGGUGAGCUACCAGUCGCUCGAUCCGGGGUACGUGUUUCUGCUGGACACGGGCCUGAACAUUUUCGUGUGGUACGGGACGCGGUCGAAGAACACGCUCAAGUCGAAGGCACGCUUUACGGCGGAAAAGAUCAACAAGCACGAGCGGAAGAACAAGGCCGAGAUCUACCAGGAGUACCAGCGGCAGGAAAGCUUAGACUUUUGGCGUGCGCUCGGGUUCGCCGACGGCCAGGGGCCGCAGGACGAGGAGGCGGAGUGUCUCAACCAGUCGCACGUCGAUCCGGAGUUCGUGCCGGUGCCGCCCCGGCUCUACCAAAUCCAGCUCGGCAUGGGCUACCUGGAGCUGCCGCAGGUGGAGCUGCCGGGCGGCGGUUGCAACAAAACGCUCACCCACACCAUACUCGCCAGCAAGAACGUGUACAUUCUCGACUGCUAUCUGGAUCUGUUCGUGUGGUUCGGCAAGAAGUCGACCCGGCUGGUGCGGGCCGCCGCCAUCAAGCUCUCCCAGGAGCUGUUCAGCAUGAUCGACCGGCCCGACUACGCGAUGAUCACGCGCGUCCAGGAGGGCACGGAGACGCAGGUGUUCAAGUCCAAGUUUACCGGGUGGGAGGAGAUCAUUGCGGUCGACUUCACGCGCACCGCCCAAUCGGUGGCGCGGACCGGCGCCGACCUAACGCAGUGGGCCAAGCAGCAGCAAACGAAGGCCGAUCUGGCCGCCCUGUUUAUGCCCCGCCAGCCGGCCAUGACGCCGAUGGAGGCGGCCCAGCUCGCCGAGGACUGGAACUACGAUCUCGACGUGAUGGAACCGUUCGUGCUGGAGAACAAGAAGUUUGUCCGGCUGCCGGAGGAGGAGCUGGGCGUGUUUUACACGGGCGAGUGCUACGUGUUUCUCUGCCGCUACUGCCUCCCGGUGGACGACGAGGACGAGCCGGACGGGGAGGAGGACGAGGGCCACGACUCGACGGUGGCGGCGGGCGGACCCGGUACCGAGGGUGCAUCGUCGGGCCCGAUCGGCAAGGCGUCGCUAAAGGCGCUCGAUCCGGCUGCAACCCCGGCCGAGGAAAUCCAGUGCGUGGUGUACUUCUGGCAGGGUCGUGAGGCGGGCAAUAUGGGCUGGCUAACGUUCACCUUUACGCUGCAGAAGAAGUUCAAGUCGAUGUUUGGCGAGGAGCUGGAGGUGGUACGGAUACACCAGCAGCAGGAAAAUCUGAAGUUUAUGUCCCACUUCAAGGGCAAGUUUGUGAUCAAGAAUGGCCGGCGCAAGGAGAAGCAGCGCACGCCCGAAGGGAAGCUGCCGGUCGAGUUCUACCAUCUGCGGUCGAACGGGAGCGCACUGUGCACGCGCCUGAUACAGGUCAAACCGGAAGCGACUGUGCUGAACUCAGCGUUCUGCUACAUUCUGUUUGUGCCGUUCGAAACGGACGAUGAUUCGGAAUCGGGCAUCGUGUACGUGUGGAUCGGCUCGAAAACCACCGGCGAGGAGGCGAGACUGAUACAGGAAAUAGCGGAGGACAUGUUUAACAAUCCGUGGGUUAGCUUACAGAUCCUUCACGAAGGUGAGGAGCCAGAAAACUUUUUCUGGGUUGCGCUCGGUGGCCGCAAACCGUACGACACGGAUGCGGAGUACAUGAACUUUACCCGCCUGUUCCGCUGCUCGAACGAGAAGGGCUACUUUACGGUGGCGGAGAAGUGUUCCGACUUUUGUCAGGACGAUCUGGCGGACGACGACAUCAUGAUACUGGACAACGGCGAUCAGGUGUUUCUGUGGCUGGGGUCACGCUGCAGCGAGGUGGAAAUUAAGCUCGCCUACAAAUCGGCACAGGUUUACAUCCAGCAUAUGCGCAUAAAGCAACCCGAGCGGCCGCGAAAGCUUUUCCUCACGCUGAAAAACAAGGAAUCGAAACGGUUCACCAAGUGCUUCCAUGGCUGGAGUGCGCACAAAAAGCCACCGGAGUUGUUGCUGCAGAUGGCUUUACGACGACCAAAGGACGCGCAGCCGUUGGUACCGAUCGAAGCGGCCAUCGACGUCCUGUUUGGACGUGUUGCUACACCUCGAAGUUCGGGGAGCAUUGUUGUGUUCAGUGGCUUCAGGAUGGAGUUCAAAGUGUUUUACAAGAACCACUCCCAGCACCAGUGGGGCGACCAGGUGCUGGAGGAAAUGACCAGGAAGAAUAAAGUAAUGCGGGCCAAGUCUCGCCAUGAGAUGCGGCAAGCAUUCCGUAAUAUGACCAACGAAUCGGAAGAAGAAAAUGAUGAACCACAGCAGCUGCAGCAAGAUGCAAACACAAAGCAAUCCGAAAACAGUGACAACAAACCAGUGUCGGAAGAGGAACAGUAUCGCAGACGGCUGCAGCGUUUGCUACAGUUUCGUGAACAGAAGCGACGGAUGCAGCAGGAGAAAAAAAUCAAAGCCAAAGCACCGUUCGUGCCGUUCGUGCCGAAGAAACUCGUCGAGGUGACUCAAGAGCCACUGGCGGAAGGUACUGCGCGCCCGAAAAAGCCCCUCAGCGAGUUGCUCGAUCAGGCGAUGCAAACGGUAGCGAUCGGCAGCAAAACGCCUGCCCCAGUGGUAAAGAGCAUCAAACCUCGGGUAGACUGUUGGCGCACGGAAAAGCUGACACCAAAGGCAACGGAAAACGUGCCACCGAAAAUCCUACCCUCGGAGAAACUGAAACCGAAUCCCACCAAGUCGGCAGUAAAGGGGCUGAAACCGGAAUUGAAGCGCGUGAAGGAAACGCAGCAACCCGUGCAGCAGAAACCGAUCAAAACCAUCCGACAUGCUGUGACAGCGCAAACCGUUCGACCACUGUUCCAGCAGAAGAAGCCAGCGUUUGUCUUAAAGGUAAAGCCUCCACCUAACGAUGGCAAACAGACCGGUGGUGGUGGAACAUCUGCCAUGGUUACUUCGACCGUACGCAAACAUCGCAAACCGUUAGCGUUCACGUUUGAACCGGAGUCAGAAAUUAAGAAAGACAAAGGAUUGCUGAAUGUAAUCAAAACGGCGGAACUUUUCGAUGGCAUUAGUCCGAUCGAGGUAGAGUCGCCGUCGGUGCGAAUUCCGGCCUCCGAUGGUGUUAGACAUUCAUCGCCGAUAGCAUUGAGAGCGGAAGGCGACAGCAUUUGGGAUCCACAGCCGGUGGCUUGCUUGUCGACAUACGAUGCAACGGUCGUGCAUGAAACGGUCAAAUUGAACGAUUCGGCCGUUCUGGACACGAAGGGCAAGAAUGAACAGCAGAUCGAUGGUAAUAUUAGCGACUGGGUACCGGCAGUGGUACACGAAAUCGACAACGACACGAUUGUAAUAGGCGACGACGAUGAUGAGGUGUUUAAGGAUGCAGAAAUGAGCGAUGCUUCGGCAUUUGACAAGCUGGAAAAUCGCAAUAGGAAACCGGCUUUGAAUGAAUCGUUCACCAUCAGCGUUGAUACGGCUCCAUCCAAUGGUCGUCCAGCGAUUGUUUAUCACGAGCAAACGGUACCGCCGCUAUUGCAUAUGGUGACGAAUAAUGGCAAUAAUGCGACUUCCCUCACAUCACUUUCUGUAAUCGAGAUCAAUUCAUCUCACUCCUUGGAACAGGACCGUAGUAGCAGCAGUUUGCCAAAGGAGAAGGGAUUGAAUGGAUCCAAAGCGAAGAAGCGCAUCUCGUGGUCUUUUACCGAAAAACCGUUGAAAACCGAAAUCGAACAAAUCGCUCAACCCACGGAGCAGGGCUUACCAGAACAGAGCGAGCUGGAUGGAUCGAAGACAAAGAAGCGUGCUUCGUUAAUAUUUACCGAAGAACCGCUGGAAAACGAAAUCGUUCCCAGCCGUGCGAAUUUAUCGCUAGACGAAAAGAUUCAACAAUGUUCUGCCGACGGCGCUGAUGCUGUGCAGAGCACUGCGGCCAACAACAUAUCGCUCCGUCGUGUACGUCGCAGCUCGGUACGACUGAGUGAACCAUCGCUCGAUGAACAGAUCGACGAUCUAGCAUCACCGAAAGAGGUGCAGGAAAAGACACGCUUCUACUACGAGAAGGUUGACAGCGAGCUGGAACGUUUGCAGGGCUUGUGUGACUUGUACGCACCGUUCCUCGAACCUGAGCACGAACUGAACGAUCACUGUCGCGGGUUAAUCAUCGCGGCCCAGGGCCAAACGAACAUUCUGAUCAAGAAGAAACUUACCAAAUUCCGGGAGCUGAUUGAGCAUUACGAAAUGAAGUGGAACGACCGCAAGGUACGACAUGACGAUCUGGACGGCUUCUGGGUGAUGCUGUCGCUCGAUUUGGACAACUUAAACAAACGCUUCGACGAGCUGCGAUCGUUGAAGGAAAACAACUGGCAGGAGUUGGCACCGUCGCCGGAACCACAGGCCAAAACGAAAAAGCUCCGCGCCGGUGGUGGUGUACGAAAGCGCGAAAAGAAGCAGCCAACGGCUGGCACCAAGGCGUCGUCCUCCGUCAUUGCGGAUCUGAUACGCAAAGCGCGACAGGAGAAGCAAAAGCAAAAAACGACGGUGGAAGAUUUGGAGCCGCUGAAAGAAACGGUCACCGUUGUAACGACGCCGGAAAAGCGUGCAGUACGCUUUGGAAAGUCUCCGAGGCGUUCCUCCGUACAGCAGCGGCGCUCUAGUAUAUGCCCGGGUGGUACGCCGAUCGUAUCCGACUGUGAACAGCCAUCGGAGCCGGAACAGCUCUCCAAGCGACGUACCAUUUUCCCCGAGAUUACGCAGCAAAAAACGGAAGAUGUAAAGUCGAUUCUGAAAACGCCAAAGGUUAAGAACGGCCGGCGGGCGAAGAGUGUCCUCUUUCUCGAUUCCGGCCUGGAUACACCGGAAACCCGCUGUCGGCACACAUCCCGUUCGAUCGUGGACACACCGAAGCCGAAGAUCAAAUUUAACGACGAGCUCGAAAUCGAGCACAUCGACAACCUGGCCACCGAGUCGAAACCAGUGGAAGACGAAACCAUUGCUGGCCAAGCAAAUUUAACGCAAGAGGAGAAGGUUCAGCCAUGCUCUGUCGGUGAGGGAGACGCUAUUCCCAAAACUUCCACCAGCAAUACUCCUCUCCGUCGUAGCCGUCGCAACUCGGUACGAAUCACAGAGCCAGCGGUGGUCGAGCCGAACGACGAUCCAGCACCGCCGAAAGAGGUGCAGGAAAAGACACGCUUCUACUACGAGAAGGUCGACAACGAAGUGGGCCGUUUGCAGGGUUUGUGUGACCUUUACGCACCGUUCCUCGAACCAGAGCACGAACUGAACGAUCACUGUCGCGGGUUAAUCAUCGCGGCCCAGGGCCAAACGAACAUUCUGUUCAAGAAGAAGUUUACCAAGUUCCGGGAGUUGAUAGGGCACUAUGAAUUGAAGUGGAACGACCGCAAGGUACGACAUGACGAUCUGGACGGCUUCUGGGUGAUGCUGUCGCUCGAUCUGGACAACUUAAACAAACGCUUCGACGAGCUGCGAUCGUUGAAGGAAAACAACUGGCAGGAGUUUGCACCGUCGCCGGAACCACAGGCCAAAACGAAAAAGCUCCGCGCCGGUGGUGGUAUACGAAAGCGCGAAAAGAAGCAGCCAGCGGCUGGCACCAAGGCGUCGUCCUCCGUCAUUGCGGAUCUGAUACGCAAAGCGCGACAGGAGAAGCAAAAGCAAAAAACGACGGUGGAAGAUUUGGAACAGUUGAAGGAUACGGUCACCGUUGUAACGACGCCGGAAAAGCGUGCAGUACGCUUCGGAAAGUCCCCGAAACGUUCCUCCCUGCAGCAGCGGCGCUCUAGUCUAUGCCCGGGUGGUACACCGACCGUAUUCCACUGGGAACAGCCAUCCAAACUGGAUGAACUUUCCAAGCGACGUACCAUUUUUCCCGAUAUCACACUGCACAGAACAGAAGAGGUAAAGUCGAUACUGAAAACGCCAAAGGUCAAGAACGACCGGCGGACGAAGAGUGUCCUCUUUCUCGAUUCCGGCCUGGAUACGCCGCAAACCCGUCGCCGGCAUACGUCGCGCUCGAUCGUGGACACACCGAAGCCGAAGAUCAAAUUUAACGACGAGCUCGAGAUCGAGCACAUCGACAAUCUGGCCGCCCGGACACCGUCCCGGCUGGAUAUGGAAAUACAGAAGCGGCUCAGACAUUCGCAGCUGCUGAAUGCAUCUGCCGUGUCCGUUCCGGCCAGCGAAAGUAACCAACAGUCGGACGACAGCGUGGACACAGACGAUGCGAAGCAGGGACGCAAGGUUUAUGCGCGUGGAACGCCACGUCGGAGUGCGGCCAGCCAACGACGAUCCAGGCCGGGGCGAACGUCGGCCAGUGUCAUCGCGGACGUGUUCGGCGAGGACUCGGGCGAUAGUAAGGACUGCCACAACAGCUUCGAGGGAGAAACAGAUGCCGCAAAACGUUUGACCCGUUCUUCGGUGAAUCCACGCGCGAAGAAGUUAGACUACAGCAAAACAGAACCGUAACACACGUGUGCACACGGGACCUGUAAGUUAUUUUCACCAUACUGUACUUGUUAGUGUUUUAAUUGUUGAUGCACUCUGUGUUUUCCUCUUUUUUAUCUGGUUUGCGACUGAAAAUAAACAUGAAAAUACAUUUUUCUCCCUGUAAGUGUAA